AUCCACAAUUAUUUUCAUCAUUUUCUCUUUAUUAACAGUUGCUGCUAAUAUUUACAAACACACUCCAAUCACCUAGAUAACUCUAUCGAAGUUCCCACGUUGAACCUGAUAACAACCUUCUUGUGCAAGAAACUUUCUUCAUAAUCCUUUAAUCAAUUUGUAAUGCAAUAAUUACUUAUCUGUACCACCAACAAAGAAUAUGGAUUAAUGACUAAUAAAAUAUUCCUCGGUUAUGUGAAGUCCCUAUGUCGCAAUGCCGCAUCGUCCCCUAUAUAUAGUAACCACAGGAAGGUGUAAUCAUGCAGUACCAGUAUCGGUCUUCAUUGGAUUAAGUACUAGUCUUUCCAACGGAAUAAUGUACUCCAAAUUCAUAAUUGUCUUAGCGACCGUUUGUAUAGCAAACGCUUCAGUGGUCAUCAACGUCUUUGAUGAUGAUCCUGAUAUUGGUGUGAAGAGUAAUGAAAAAGAUUGCAACCCUACCGCCUGUGACCAGCUCUGCCGUAGACUUAAGUUCCCCGGUGGUGUUUGCGUUAACGGACGCUGUAAAUGUGACAACUUCCUCAGUGAAAAUGAUGUUGAACCUGAAAUAUCAAACUACAGUCAGUUAGAGGAUUUGGGAAUUAAGGACGGUCCAGAGACUGACUCUGUGGUUAAAAAGACUGAGUGCAACCCAAUAUUCUGUGAUGACCGUUGUCGUAAACUCAAGUUCCCAAGUGGCGCCUGUGUGAAAGGUCAUUGCAAAUGUGACCAUACCCAUAAUGCUGAAGAAGCAGUGUUAGAAUUAUCGCCGUCUGAUUUAGAAGCAAUCUCUUCACUCGAAGAUGAGCCACUAUCUGAGGUUGAUGAAGCUGAGAGAAGCAGUUGUAGCCUUUCUGCCUGCGAGCAAUACUGCCACAGACUCAAGCUGCCCGGUGGUGCCUGUGUGAACGGCCGCUGCAAAUGCGACAAGUUCCUUAGUGAUCAAGAUGAAUUGGAGAAUGGAUUCUCUGCAAAUGACUGCAACCCUACCGCCUGUGACCAGCUCUGCCGUAGACUCAAGUUCCCCGGCGGUGUUUGUGUUAACGGACGCUGCAAAUGUGACAACUUCCGUAACUCUGAAGAUGCAGUUAUAGAAUUAUCACCCUCUGUCUUAGAAACAUUCUCAUCACUAGAAGAUGAGCCUCUAUCUGAAACUGAAGAAGCUGAAAGGAGCAGUUGCAGCCUGUCUGCCUGCGAACAAUAUUGCCACAGACUCAAGCUGCCCGGCGGUGCCUGUGUAAAUGGUCGCUGCAAGUGCGACAAGUUCCUUAGUGAUCAAGAUACCAUUAACAUCUCAGCUGUGUCACCAAAAGAUUUAGUUUGCAUCCCUGAUGAAUGUGAACAACAAUGUCGCAAAAUUGGCUUUCCGGGUGGUGCUUGUGGCCCCACGGACACAAGCAACACUAUCUGUCGAUGCAACGCCUCUUUUCAAACAGGAGUUGAGACAUUCACUCCAGACGUCCAUGAAGUGACACCUGCAAAGCUUAUUGCAAACGAUUGUGACCUCAGAUCUUGUGAGUUCAUUUGUCGUACAAUGAAAUUGGCCCGUGGUGCCUGCAUCGCCGGUCGCUGCCAAUGCUUUUUACCAGCAGGUUUGGUUGACGAAAACUCCGCACCCGUUCUGGAACCAGCAAAGAAUCAAAGUCACGGCAAAUGUAGACAAGGACUGUGUGAUCUGAUCUGUCGUAAACUGAAGUACGAUCGUGGUGAAUGUGUCGAUAACAAAUGCAAAUGUUACAAAAAUGGAGGUCCAGCCAAAGUAAACUUUGCAUCAGUUCUGGAACCAGCAAGGAAUAACACUCACGGUAAAUGCAAACAAGGAUUAUGCGACUUAGUAUGCAAAAAACUGAAGUACAAUCGCGGUGAAUGUAUCGACAACAAAUGCAAAUGCUACAGAGAUGAAGCUAAGAGUGACAAUGAUAUGUCUGUAUCUAAAUUCUCAGAAAACCUUACCAAAGUGAAAUGUACCAAACGUGUAUGUGACCGCAUGUGUCGCUCACUAGAUUACAAAGGGGGUAACUGUAAGAAUGGUAAAUGUUGGUGCUACGGUCCACCCAAAAAGUCAGGUCGAUUGAUGUUACAAGACACCGAUAAUGAAGAACCAGAACAAAUUAACCAGGACGUCAGCUUGGAAAAAGAUGACAAUGAUGUGCCCAUUGCUGAACGCGCAAAAGUCAAAUGUACUAAAGGUGUAUGCGACCGUAUGUGUCGUUCCUUAGAUUAUAAAGGGGGCAACUGUAAAAAUGGUAAAUGUUGGUGCUAUGGUCCACCCAAGAAGCCAGCUCGAUCCGGCGUAGAAGAAGGAGCUAAUGAGGAAGAAAAAGAAAUUAGCUUGGACGACGCUACAGAAAAAGCUCCUCCAAUGUACAGAGCCCUCAACGAAGAAGAAAAAGAAGUAAGCCAAGACGACACUACUGAAAAAGCUCCUCCAAUGUACAGAGCCCUCAACGAAGAAGAAAAAGAAGUAAGCCAAGACGACACUACGGAAAAAGCUAAACUAUCGCGUGCAACACGAGCUGCUCGAAAGGGAACGUGCACUAAAAAAGCGUGCAAGAAGAAGUGCGAGUUCUUCGGUGGACCUAGUUUUUGUUGGAAAGACAUUUGUAUUUGUUUGUAAAUACCCAUCAUCUUCAACAUCAUCAUAUCAGCCAGAAGACACCCUAAGCUGAACAUUGGCCUCCCCUAAUUGCUUACAGAUCAGCCAUUUGGAAUGCAUUUAAUUUAUAACAGUAUUUUUGUACCUUUGUAUUUUGUAAGUAACAUUAAACAUUAAUCUUAAAUUGUUUGUACAUUGAAUUUGUAUAUCUUUUAUGGAGUAUAACAUAUUUUUAUUAAAUAUAUUUUAAUACAAUA